UGUAAUAACAUUUAAACUAAGAGACAGCGAGAUUGGUCUUGAAAAGUCUCUUCAUAAAAUGUAUGAGUACCCAUUUGAUUAAGGUUCCAAAUCUCUUUCUCUCUUAAGAUCAACAAAGAUGUCAUCAAUAGCUUCUGGUACAGUUCCAACCACCAAAUCCGUUGCAUGUUUCAGAAAGUCUGCAAGUUCUUCAUCUUUGCUUCAUCGAUCUUCUUCUUCUCGGUUCAUGCCAACUUCCUUAUCACCUAUUUAUGCAAAACUCAUAAACUCUAACAAUAGUUCCUCAGUUUCUUCAUCAUCUUCCUCCUCACCUCCUGAACCCUUAAGACCCGUUAUGCGCAGCAGAGAAGCUGAUCGACUUGAAGAAGAAAGACUCCGCCAAGUACACUGGCAAGACGUCGCGGUAAAGAUGGUAGUGGACGCACCAGCUUCCGUGGCUUACAAGUUAUACGCAGAUCGUGACUUAUUCCCUAAGUGGAUGCCAUUUUUGUCAUCAGUUGAGGCAGUGGAGGGUAGUCCUGAUUUAUCCCGGUAUUUGGUAAAAUUCAAUUCUUUUGGACAAAAUGUUGAAUAUCAUUUUCUCGCCAAAAAUUUGCAGCCAAUUCCAGACAGAAAGCUGCACUGGAGAUCUAUAGAAGGCUUUGCAAAUAGAGGCAGUGUUCGAUUUUUCCCUAGAGGCCCUUCCUUGUGCUUAGUAGAGAUUAAUUUUUCAUUCGAAGUUCCACAUGCUUUAGCUCCAGUUGCAUUUUUAAUGAAACCGUUUAUGGAGAAGCUUAUUCGUGGAGGAUUGGAACGUUUUGCUGCCUUCGUGAAGACCUCUUAAGGCAGAAAUGAAGAAUACUUCAUUUGCCUUCGUCCAAAUAAAUUAUUCUUCAUGCAGUUAUUUUUUCUUGUUUCGUAAGAUGUCCAAACAUGGAAUGUUGUUACUUGUUAAUUUACUGAUGAAAAGUAAAUAUUCUAAAGUAAUUAAGACAUGUUUCUUUCAAGAUUAUACGCUUGCUGUGUGACAAAGCUAUUUAUUAUUUAAAGCAA